CCCCUCCUGACCUAUACAAAUUUCAUCCAGGUGGGGACCAGGGGUGGAACAGAGAUGAAUAGGCUGGCCCAAAGACGACUUUUUUGCACCUCCAGUCUGAGAAAAGAAUUCUUUCUUGAAAAAUGAUGUGCCCAUGGAAGCUGUUCACAAAAUCUUCAAAAAUCAAUGACAAAACCUCUUACAAUGUUAUGGACAUAAACAAUAACAACAGCCUCACCAUGGGGAUAACGCAAAGUUCCUGCAAACAUGAAGACGCCAAAAAUAAUUUUAAGCAAAAUGAUAUAAUUGGAUUGAAAUCUGAAACAGUGGAUGCUCCAGAAAACCUCAAACAGCUUCAUAAAAAUAUUUCGUGUCCCAAAUAUUUGAAACUAAAGAACUAUGAAAAUGGAAAAAUCUUGCAAGACACACUACACCUCAAUGCCAAAAAGGACCUCAGCUGCCAAUCCAAAGUUUGUCACGGAUCAAUCAUGAACCCUAAGAAUUAUUUAAGGGGUCCCAGGGAGGAGAGGGUACCUGCUGAUGUUGUAUUACCUCAAGCGAUUGAAUUCAUUAACCAAUAUUACAAUUCAUUCAAAGAUCUACAAAUAGAAAACCACCUCAAUAGGCUAGAGAUUGUUGUCAAAGAAAUCGAUAGGACCGGAACGUACCAACUAACGUACGAUGAGCUUGUUUUUGCUGCAAAACAAGCAUGGCGAAACGCUCCCAGGUGUAUCGGAAGGAUUCAAUGGUCUAAUUUACAGGUAUUUGAUGCACGCAACUGCAAGACAGCCAAAGAAAUGUUUGAUCUUAUUUGUCGACACAUUAAAUAUGCCACGAAUGGUGGGAAUAUCAGGUCUGCAAUUACAGUAUUUCCCCAGAGGACUGAUGGGAAGCACGAUUUUCGCAUGUGGAACAGCCAGCUGAUUCGUUACGCAGGCUUUGAAAUGGAAGAUGGCUCUGUCCUUGGUGAUCCAGCCAGCACAGACUUUACGGAGUUAUGUAUUCAUCUUGGAUGGAAGCCAAAAUAUGAACGGUUUGAAAUCCUUCCAUUGGUGCUCCAGGCAGAUGGUCAGGAUCCUGAAAUGUUUGAGAUACCAUCAGAACUCAUCCUUGAAGUUGUAAUGGAACAUCCAAGAUAUGACUGGUUCAAAGAACUCAAUUUGAAGUGGUACACAUUGCCCGCAGUAGCGAACAUGCUUCUUGAAGUUGGGGGUGUUGAAUUUCCUGCAUGUCCUUUCAAUGGCUGGUACAUGGGGACAGAAAUUGGUGUUCGGGAUUUUUGUGAUAUUUCUCGUUAUAAUGUGCUCCAGGAUGUAGGAAAAAGAAUGGGUCUAGACACAAGCAAAAUUACAUCUUUGUGGAAAGACUUAGCUGUGGUUGAGAUCAAUGUUGCGGUACUCUAUAGCUUUCAAAAACAGAAUGUAACUAUUACGGAUCAUCACUCUGCCGCAGAGUCCUUCAUUAAACACAUGGAAAAUGAACACAGGCUGCGGGGAGGUUGCCCGGCUGAUUGGGUUUGGCUGGUUCCACCAAUGUCAGGAAGCGUCACUACAGUUUUCCACCAGGAAAUGCUCAAUUACAUCCUCAGCCCUUUUUACUACUAUCAGAUUGACCCCUGGAAGACUCAUGUGUGGCACAAUGAGAGCCUUAAGCCAAAAAAGAAGACAUUUAAGUUCAGUACUGUUGCAAAAUCUCUUCUUUUUGCAUCCAUUCUACUGAGGAAAUCAAUGGCUUCCAGAACCAAGGCAACUAUCAUCUAUGCAACAGAAACUGGAAAAUCCGAAACAUUUGCCAAAAAACUGCACACUUUAUUUAGCUAUGCUUUCAAUUCCAAGGUCCUGUGCAUGGAUGAAUAUAACAUCAGUAACCUUGAAAAAGAAACACUUUUAGUGAUUGUGACAAGCACUUUCGGAAAUGGGGAUUGUCCGGGCAAUGGGGAGACAUUUAAGAAGUCGAUCUCUGCCAUGAGCAAAUUGAAAAAUAAAUUAAGGUUUGCUGUUUUUGGCCUGGGAUCCAGCAUGUACCCUCAUUUCUGUGCCUUUGCUCACACUAUGGAAGAGAAGUUGGCUAAGCUCGGAGCUUUACAGAUUAGUUCUACGGGAGAAGGAGAUGAGCUCAACGGCCAAGAUGAGGCUUUCCAUUCUUGGGCAGGCCAUACUUUUAAGGCGGCAUGUGAAGUAUUUAAAAUUCGAGACAGAGAAAGUAUAGUAUUGCCAAAGUGCUAUACCUCAACAGAAACUUGGAGUCCUGAAAACUACCGCCUUGUGAAUGAAACACAGCCAUUGAACUACAUCAAAGCACUCACUACAAUGCAUUCUAGGAACAUCCUUCCAAUGAGGCUGAAACACAGAGAAAAUCUAUGCCAAGACUCAAGCCGUGCCACCCUGCUAGUCAAACUUUCCUGCGAGAAUAGCCAGGAAGUACAGUAUCUGCCAGGAGAACAUGUUGGUGUAUACCCUGGAAACCAUCCAAACCUUGUUACGGGCAUAAUUAAACUUCUGAAGGAUGCACCUCCCUGCAAUCAGGACAUCCGACUGGAGACACGCAGCGAACAGGGAAACUUUUGGACAAUCAGCGAGAAAAUCCCUUCUUGUUCUCUGUUCCAAAUGCUGACAUACUUCCUUGAUUUAACUACCCCACCAACCCAGCUGCUGCUGAAAAAAUUGUCUUUGCUGGCUGCUGACAUUACAGAUAAAACGCGUCUUGAAGAGUUGUGCAAUAGCACAGAUAAAUAUAAUGCAUGGAAGUCCUACUAUUUCCCAACAUUCCUUGAGGUGCUAAAAAUGUUCCCAUCCCUUGAGGUACAUCCUACGUUUCUGAUAACACAGCUUCCAUCUCUAAAGCCAAGGUACUAUUCUGUCAGCUCCUCCACGGACGUGACACCUGGGGAGAUCCAUCUAACUGUUGGUGUUGUAAACUACAAGACACAAGAUGGCUCGGGUCCAUUGCAUGAGGGAGUGUGUAGCACAUGGCUGAAUACCAUAAACAUCAAUGAUAUAGUGCCGUGCUUUGUACGUAGUUCAAAUGCAUUCCACCUGCCUGAGAACUCAUCAUCUCCAUGUAUACUAAUUGGUACGGGGACAGGAAUUGCUCCAUACAGAGGGUUUUGGCAACAGCGAACCUAUGACCUAGAAAAGAAAGGAAAAAAGGCAGGUUCUAUGAUAUUAGUGUCCGGAUGCCGGCAAUCGGGCUUGGAUGAGGUCUACAAAGAAGAGACAUUAUAUUUGAAGAGCAAAGGAAUACUGAAGGAGGUGUACACUGCCUAUUCCAGAGAGCCAGGCUUGGCCAAGACAUACGUCCAGGACAUUCUGAAACAAAAUCUUGAGCAGGAAAUUUUAAAAAUUGUUCUUGAAGAACAGGGGCACCUGUAUGUUUGUGGGAAUAUUCAGAUGGCCAGAGAUGUGACUGCAACACUUAAGGCCAUGAUCGCUAACAAGAAGGGAUUAAAUGAAGAGGAAAUAGAUAUUUUUUUCUCCAAACUAAAGAGUGAAAUGCGGUACCAUGAAGACAUAUUUGGUGCAACCUAUAAACCUUCACAGCCAAAAAAUGGAUUUCAGCCUUUGACCUUUUAAAAUACAGUGAUGAUAGAGGGUUUGAUCUAUCAGUUGUGUAUUCCUUUCAAACCAGUUACAUCUUCUAGAAGUUAUCUACUAGACUGACACAAUCCGAUAUAUGAAGUGGAAAUAAUGUAAGAAGUGCACAUUCUGAAAAUCUACCCCUGUUAUCUGAGUCACUGCAUACUUGUACACAUAUUUUACAGACAACUUGCAGGGAUGUGAAAUUUUGUACUCAAUUAGAUAAUUCCAAUUUUCAAGACCAGCCCAAACCUCACUUAUAAAAAAAAAAUAACCAACAUACAAAACUAAUGCAAACUGAAGAGCUGCCCUAGUUCUGAUGUUCACAGCGUGUAUUGGAAAAAAAAAAACAUUCCUUGCCUUUCUAUAUAUCUGUGCUGUUUUUGGCACAAUAACCUGUUUGAGAUUUAUGAACGUGUUACUGAAAACCAAAUUAAAGUAUCUGUUGUACUAGAUUAGUUUUUAUUGCUAAAGACAAUUUACUGCACUGCUUAUUCGGGAUUUAGCAAUGCUUCCAUUCCAAAAUAAAGACAGCACAAGUGGAGCCCUGUGGAUGUCUUUUUUUUCCUACAAUGUUUUUAGAUGUAAAACUCAACACAACCAUCCUGAUGUUUUCUCUGGACGCUCGGCACUGAAAUAGCUAAAAGUCAUUGGAACAACCAUACCUGGCACUUUAAAUUGUCUACAUUUUUUUCCCGCAACUCUUUGUGUAUUUAUGAAAAUAUUCACAUAUGAUGAUGUACAACACCCAUCUUAAAGCAAAUUUGAAAACCUGCCAGCAUCUUCGAAAGACUCUUUCCACAACAAUCCAAUAAUUCCACUCAAUGUGAGCAAACAGCUUGGUCAGUCAUCGUCCCACAUUGCUAUUUACAACAGUCUUCUAUGUAAUUCACAUCCACUGGUUUGCAUCUAAAUUGAUCAAUACCAAGACGCAGAGAUUUAUGAGACCAAUGAGAACAUUAAAGUGUCAUAAUGGUGUAUGUAUAUUUACUAUAUGCAUUAUAUAAAUAUAUAGUGUUAAUAUAUAUUAAAUAGCAAAGAGUUAUUUAAAUAUUUUUCAAUACAACACUUUAGAAAUCUGCCCUCAGAGGCCCCACAACACACAUACACGCAUGCAAAACACUAUAAAAUAAAUACAAAUGUAUAUAUAAAAUUGUAGACAAUGUAUAUGACAAAUGCACUUUAGAAUUUUGACCUUUGGUGAAUUUUAUUAUUUUUUGUAUCUCUCACUUAUAGGAAAAUUUUUGUAUACUAUUUGUGUAAACAAUCACAUUUUACAAAAUGUGAGCAUGGACUUUGAUUUAAUAUGUAGAUUAGACGUUACAGAAUAAUGUUUUACAUUUUACGUUUACAUAAAAACAGAUUGCAGAUUGUACGUGUGAUGGCUGGUCCAUAUUCUCCUCUGACAAUCUUGUAGUUUGUUUGUAGGGUAGGACAAUAUUUUUAUUAUCUCAUACUAUUCUAUCCCACAUUGUAUCUGAAUUUUGUCAGAACCCAUCUUGUUGUAUAUUAUUAUAAGGGUUAAAAUAUUGUGAAUGGUUUUGAAAGUUUCAUAUGGCUCUCAAUAAACAUUCUUACGAAGUGUCUUUUAUUUAACAAUGUAUG